GCUGGGAGUGCGGACGUCGUCGUCAUCGAAAGAUAAUACAGAAUUGCUGCAUCUAGUAUAGGAAGCCAGACAACAACAGUAUUUGUUUAUAUUUCCCCAAAGACCGCAUAUAAAUAAAUUAUGAAAUCAGAGACGUUGCACAAGUUUCUAAUUCUCUGCUCGUUGCUGAUUGCCUGCGCGUGGAGCCAGCCAUUAAAUCCAUCGCAACAACAAGCAACUUAUCAACAGUUGCCUGCAGAUCAACGGACAAUAGUCUUAGUUAAGCAUAACUUAAGGCCGCAAGAUGCGAAGAACUACCAGAUAACCAUACCCAAGGAGCCAAAAGAGGGGGAACCCUGCCUCACGAUCUCUUGGAAGACCAACCCAGAUGGCAGUGGCCCCGGCGUGCCUCAAAUAUAUAUGGGAAAUGGAUACUUUGGGAUUUUACCAACAGGAGAACAAAAAAGUCAAUAAACGUACCCAAAACAAAAAUAUUUAUUUAUUGGAAUUUUACUAAGAGCUUUUAUGAUAUUUAUAAAUGAUUUUAUGUGCAAAAAUACAAAAUUUCCUAGCUAGACCGUUAGACCAAAGUUGUAUGAAAAAGUGCGAUGAAAAUACUCAUUAAAAACUUUUGAUAAAGACGAAUACUUUUCAUGUAACCUAAUAUAUAUACAUUAAGUACAUUAGUCAAAAGGCCUAAAGGUACAUUAGGCCUUAAAUUUGAUGUAAAGUUUUCGUUUUGAUCAUUUUAUUAAAUGGAUUCUGCAUCUCUGUGAUAAGGAUCUUAAAAUAUAUUCAUAGUCAUCAAAAUUGUAAUUGGUUUUUAUAAGUUCGACAAUAAAUUAAAUUCAAUUUAA